GUACUGAAAAAAAGUUUAAUAGUGCACCGAAAUGAAGUAAGACAUUGUUUUGAAAUCAUUCUUCGAACAUUCCAUUGUUUUGAAAAGUUUAAAUGUAAUAAAAUCAUAAAGUAACAGUUGAGGAGAAGAACUCCGAUUUGUAUUGUGCUAAAUGCAAAUUAUAUGUCUCUAGCGGGUGGUUUUUGUGCAAGCAUUACCAUGAACAGCAAACAAUCCUACCAUACCAGCAUGCAACCGCAUAAAACAAUGAAUGGAGAGGCAUGAGAUGAGAAGUAAUGCUUUCAAAGUCAGUUGCCAAUCUUGGACCGAACCGCACGCACAUUAGCUGCACUGCCAACGUACGGGAAUUUGCAAUCGAGUAUUCAUUCAAUCGUGAUCGGACUAGAAGUAAGUUUUGGUCUAUGAUAGCCAAAGUGUAGUGCAAUAUUGCAUUUGAAUAACAAAAACUUCAACAGUGUUGAGAAUACUACUACGUACGAUGUUAUUGCGCAAUGAAUAGUGAACGUGAUUAUAUACCUUAUAGCUGCAUUACUCAGACUUGUCAUCAUUCAAGCAGUAGAAGCUCUAAUCAAGUUGUCGUUGUUCACUGCAAAUCGCGAUAAAUGGAUAUUACAUCUGCCAAAAUCAUUACACCCAGCCAGUACGGUACUAGAAAGAGUGUAUUCACCGAUCAAGAGCGUAAAUGAGAUUAUUUACUUCAAGAAAAUCAGCAAUGGAUGCAGAUGUACACAAAAGAUUAAGCACAAGUUGAUUUCUUGUUCAGUUACAUAGAUAGCAGAAUCAUUGGCAUCCUAGUCUAGUCAAAGAAUAACAGCAUUAAUACAUGAAUCAUUUACCAAACAAUUAAAUGCAAAUACUUCACUACCCCGUCAUUUAUAACAUGCGGAGAAACUUAAAAAUAUUUCUAAUAUUAGUAAUAUCAUGGAUUCUGGUUGCCGUGUAUUACUUCGAAGGAAGUUACAAAAGUCGGAACCGAGCAUUGAGAUUACGCGAACAGCAAACAAUGUCAGCUACAGAACAAAUGCUAUCUGAUUGGCAUGAUCAACAGUUUAAUCCAUCUACAUCUUUGCGACAACAUUUAGUAUCCAACUCGUUGAUGCAUUUGUCUUCAUCACAACACACAUGGGAUUAUUUUGAUGAGUUAGGUUAUAUACAAAAAGGUAGUUUACAACAAGGUGAAGAUCCUUAUUUACGGAAUCGUUUCAAUCAGAAAGCGAGUGAUAGUUUAAAAAGCAAUCGUGAACUUCCCGACACCCGCAAUCCGAUGUGCCGAAAGAAAUGGCCAAGUAUACUUCCGCCCACAAGUGUUAUUAUAACGUUCCACAACGAAGCACGCAGUACACUUCUACGCACAAUAGUCAGUGUACUGAAUAGAUCUCCAGAAAAUUUAAUACAUGAGAUUAUUUUGGUUGAUGAUUACUCAGAUUUCCCAGAAGAUGGACAGGAACUUGCAAAAAUUCACAAAGUAAAAGUAAUAAGAAAUGAUAAACGUGAGGGAUUGGUACGAUCACGAGUUCGUGGAGCAGAUGCUGCUACUGCAUCGGUGUUAACAUUUCUGGACAGUCAUUGUGAGUGCAAUGUUGGUUGGUUAGAGCCAUUGUUAGUAAGAAUAAAGGAAGACUCAUCUCGUGUAGUUUGUCCUGUGAUAGAUGUAAUUAGUAUGGAUACAUUCCAGUACAUUGGAGCAUCAGCGGACCUACGAGGAGGAUUUGAUUGGAAUUUAGUUUUUAAAUGGGAAUACUUAAGCAAUGCCGAACGACACGAUCGCCAAAAAGAUCCAACGACACCUAUAAGAACACCAAUGAUAGCUGGUGGUCUGUUUGUGAUAGAUAAAUCAUAUUUUGAAAAGUUAGGCAAAUAUGAUAGUCAGAUGGAUAUAUGGGGUGGAGAAAAUUUAGAAAUAAGUUUCCGAGUAUGGCAGUGUGGUGGUAGUCUAGAAAUUAUACCAUGUAGCAGAGUUGGCCAUGUAUUCCGUAAACGACACCCGUAUACCUUUCCUGGAGGCGGAAGUGGAAAUAUUUUCGCUAAAAACACUAGGCGCGCUGCAGAAGUUUGGAUGGAUGACUAUAAACAAUACUAUUAUGCAGCAGUUCCUUUAGCUAAAAAUAUUCCAUUUGGAAAUAUUGAUGAUCGGCUGCUUUUAAAAGAACGGUUACAAUGCAAACCAUUCAAAUGGUAUCUUGAUAAUGUUUAUCCACAAUUAACUAUACCCGAACACCAAACCAAAGGAAGCCUACGCCAAGGAGCAUACUGCAUGGACACUCUAGGCCAUUUGGUGGAUGGAAUAGUGGGUCUUUAUCACUGUCAUAACAGUGGAGGUAAUCAAGAUUGGACUAUUACCAAAAAAGGACAAAUCAAGCAUCUUGACCUUUGUUUAACACUAUUAAAUUUUACUGUACGAUCACAUAUUAAUAUAGCAGUAUUGAAAUACUGUGACGAAUCUGCCAACCAACAGUGGUACAGACGAGAGGGUGAUCUGAUACAACACAGUAAGAUUAACGUAUGUUUAGACUCGCGGUACGCCAAAGAGAAAGGUAUAACAGCCGAACGAUGCAACUCAGCACUCGAAUCACAGCAUUGGAAAUUUUUUACAAAGUGAGAAAAAUCAAUCCAGUGGUGUGAUACAAUUGAAUUUCCUUCUAGAUGUAUUGAUCAUUCACUGUUUACCAUCAACUGAAUGUUACAAAACAUUUGAUUAAUAAUGCUGAUUGAGACUAGUUACAAUUACUUAGCAACAAUUAUAUUAUUGUAAGCAGUGCUAUAUUGUAGCACUUCAAGAACAACGCGAAUGUACAUUCCGAGCAACUAUUUAUUUUUAUUAUCAUCCCUAUAAUAAAAACUGGAUUAUCAUUGAA